AUGGAAUUCAUUCUAUACUACUACACACCCUCUGCUGCGGCAGCAGGCAUCUUUGUGGUUCUGUUCGGCAUCAGCACUGUCUUGCACCUUCUCCAGCUGGUCCGCACCAGAACAUGGUUCAUGAUCCCCUUCUUCAUCGGCGGAAUCUUGGAAACAAUCGGAUAUGUUGGCCGUCUCCUCUCGUCACUCGAAAGUCCCGACUACAGCACGGGCUCGUAUGCCAUGCAAAGCGCCCUUAUCCUCAUCGCCCCGGCCUUCCUGGCGGCUAGUAUUUACAUGACCCUCGGUCGCAUUAUCCGGAUGGUACAAGCAGAACACUACUCGGUGUUCAAAUUGAAGUGGGUGACAAAGAUCUUUGUCGCGGGCGAUGUUCUAUCGUUCCUGAUGCAAGCGUCUGGCGCUGGUCUCAUGGUCAGUGGCUCGAGCGACCCAACCACGGGCGAGCACAUCAUCAUCGGCGGUCUCUUCGUUCAGAUUAUCUUCUUUGGCUUCUUCAUUAUCACGGCGCUCGUCUUCCAAAUGCGACUGGCAAAAGCUCCUACUAGCACCUCAACGGAGCUGUCGCACAUCUGGCGUCGCCACAUGAACGCCCUCUACAUCUCCAGCAUCCUCAUUUUCGUCCGUUCCAUUGUCCGUGUGGUAGAAUACCUCCAAGGAUACGACGGCUACCUCAUGAAACACGAAGCUUUCAUCUAUGUGUUUGAUGCGUUGCUGAUGUUCCUGGCGAUGGAGGUACUCCAGUUCGUCCACCCUAGCCAGGUCAACUGCUAUCUGGGGCGCGGAGACCGUUACUCCGAAAAGGUCAUCAAGACGCAAAAGUUCAUGUCAGUGCCGGUGGAAAUGGAGGUUUCGUCCGUUUGA